AUGGCGUCCCCAGGGCACUUCCUUGCGUGGGAAGCCAGCCAGGAGCUGCCCUGCGGAGAGGCGAUGCCCCGCAGCCCCGGGAUCGCACCCUCCAUCCCUCUGCUCACACAGCGCCCAGCACAAGCUCGUGCUGUUAGACCUCCCCGGCUCAACAGCGAGCAGCUGGGCCGCAGCACCUGGGCCUUCCUGCACACCAUGGCCGCGUACUACCCCGAACAGCCCAGCGGUGCCCAGCAGAAGGAGAUGAGGGAGUUCAUCAACCUCUUCUCCAAGUUCUACCCCUGCGAGCACUGCGCUGAGGAUCUGAGGGAAAGAUUACGUACAAAUCAGCCUGAUACUAGCAACAGAAAUAACUUCUCGCAGUGGUUGUGUCUUCUUCAUAAUGAAGUGAACAGGAAACUGGGGAAAUCUGAAUUUGACUGCUCUCGUGUGGAUGAGCGCUGGCGAGAUGGCUGGAAAGAUGGUAGUUGUGAUUAA